AUGGAUGACUUUCGUCGUUUUCGUGAACAAAAUAACAGUAGUUCAAGAAAUGAACUUUUUGCAGGUGCAACAAAUAACAACAACCAAAGCGGUUAUGGUUAUGGUCAAGGAGGAGGAGGGUAUCCAAGACCUGAGGAAGAUGUUGAAGAAAUUAAAUCACAAAUUCAUUCGGUAAAACAAGAUUCGGUUAAUUCUACUCAACGAUCUUUGCGAUUGAUUCAAGAGGCUCAAAAUAGUGGAGAAAAAACUUUAAAUAAGCUUGGUGAACAAACACAACGUAUUAACUAUACUGAAAAUAAAUUGGAACUUGCUGAAAUACAUGCUCAACGAGCUGCCGAUAACGCUAGCAAAUUGAAAAAAGCAAGUUUUAAAAUAAUUUAA